UCUUUCUUUCUUUUUUUAACAGCACUUUUAACUUAGAUGAAAUAAGUUACAAACGCCCAAGGGCAGAAAUGGGGCAAUGUUUCGUUAAAUGGAGUUGUCAGGAUUAUCCGUCUGCGCCCAACAGCGACAGGCGCGCGCGCCCCCGCCGCCCUCCGCCUGGAACUCGGCGCCUCUCGAAGCGAAGGCGUGUGUGCGUGUGUGACGCAGUCGCCAUCGCUUAGGGCUGCGUUCUGAUGCAGAAGCCCGUGAAGUCCCUGGUGCCCGACCGCGCGGUGAGCCGCCCGGGCCUCAGUUUCCCAGCUUCUAAAGAAGGGGAACCAUGCCGCCCUGUUUCUUGUUCCUCUCUAAGCAGAUCAGCAGUUCGCUGGUGUCCCUGCGCAGCGUGCGCCGAGGCUUCGCGCUCCGACCGCUCUGGGUCUCCUGGCGCCCCUCGGGUCCCCAGCCCGCCGCCCCCAGCCGCCCGCUGGCCGCAGCCACCUCCUCCCGGGACCCUGCCGGGCCCACCUCCGCCCCCUCCGGAGUGCGGCAGAACUUCCACCCUGACUCCGAGGCCGCCAUCAACCGCCAGAUCAACCUGGAGCUCUACGCGUCCUAUGUGUACUUGUCUAUGGCCUAUUACUUCUCCCGAGAUGACGUGGCCCUGAACAACUUCGCCAGAUAUUUCCUUCGUCAGUCUCGGGAGGAAACCCAGCACGCCGAGAAGCUGAUGAGGCUGCAGAACCAGCGGGGAGGCCGGAUCUGCCUGCAGGACAUCAAGAAACCUGACCUGGACGACUGGGAGAGCGGGCUGAAUGCCAUGGAGUGUGCGCUGCUCUUGGAAAAGAAUGUGAACCAGUCGUUGCUCGAAUUGCACACUCUGGCCUCAGACAAAGGUGACCCCCAUUUGUGCGACUUCCUGGAAACUCACUAUUUGAAUGAACAGGUGAAAUCGAUCAAAGAACUAGGUGACCACGUGCAAAACCUGGUUAAGAUGGGGGCCCCAGCUUCUGGCCUGGCAGAGUACCUCUUUGACAAGCACACCCUUGGAAAUGAAAACGAUCACAACUAAGCCACAGGCUGCCUUCCUUGCUGCCCAUGGUGUGCCAAGACCCAGAGUCAGCUGACUCCUGCUUUCUUGCCCUUAAAAUGCACCUCCACCUUUAUAUCCUGUUAAACUGUCCCAAUCAAGUGACUUGUGGAGAAAAUGUAUUUAGCCUCCAGUUAACAAGGGCUUUUUUUUUCUUCCUGUCCAACAUCAAGAUAGUUUUUCUAGCCUGUAAAGUAGCCCAGGAUACUAUGGUAUAAAAAAAGACUGGGAAACAGCUACUGAAAAGUAGAUACAAACUUUCUCCAGUUACCAAAUAUUAUUCCAGACCAUGAGCCUUCACUAAAAUUCUGUGAUUUUCUACUGAACAAGUGCCUGUUAUUUUCAAGACUUUAUGCUAAAGGCUAAAAUUGGGAAGAUGUGUAAGAUAAAUAUACAAACAACUAUAACAAGUUGAAGAAUAUAUAUAGUACUAUAAAGUACUGUGAAAACCAUACAUGAAAAAUUCUGUGACAACGUUUACCCUUUCCCGGUAUUUUCCAAGAAAAAAAUAAUGUCUGGAGAUGAUCUGUUUCUAAAGGAUUUUGUGAUCAAAUUCAAGGAAAGCUACACAAAGUGUCGAUACUAGCCUUAGGAAGUUAUGACACAUAUGAACAUUUUAAGGGCUCUGGGAAGUCUGAGAAUUAAAAACAUCUUGGAUUA